AUGCUGUUGGCCCGAGAUUUUUCAUGCUCUUUUGAUGAAGUGUUCCGUUCUUUAUCAGCAGGUGAUGACCUUCCUGACUCAUCGAAAAAUGCACAUACGGACCAAUGCUUUGAACGAGCCUUGGUCUGGGGUGUUCAUUUAGCACAAAAGACAAAGACCUUAUGCGAGACCAUCGGGGAACAUGACACAUAUCAUGACAAAACGGUCGAGGUACUGGUGAAGGAGGCUAAGCAAUUAUGCACCUUCCAACCGAAGAGUGAAAAAAUCGUCGGCCUACUUGGACGUUCUGGAGAAGGUGGGAUCUUGUCAACAUUGGCAGUUUUCGUAUUCUUACGUGUACCAGGAAAAAGCAGUCUGAUCAACUCGCUCCUAGGAUUCACCGACCUAGCGCCGGCAGGAGACAUAGGUUCGGCAUGUACCUCUGUUGUGACUGAAUUCCGACAAAAAGACAGCCGUCAUACUGCUCAAAUCACUCUUGAGGUUGAGUAUUACACAGCGGCAGAAACUGAAGAGCUUUUAGCAGACAUGGUGGGGAACUUCAGGAAAGUGCAAUUGCUCCCCAAAGCACAGGGUACAGAAGAGCGAGAAGCCCUCCCACGAGAUAAACAGCACUCCGAGAAUCAAUCAGAAGAGGCCUGGUCCGCUCUCGAGGCCGCAUUUGGACACCAUGAAGCAUUUGGGAGAUCUUUCCUCCUUGAUCAAUCUGAAAGGGCACAUGACCGAAUUGUGUCACAAUUGAACCAAUGGACCAAACUUCUUCACUGGCCAGAGGAAGCAAAAGAUGGAAGAUAUUCAGUAAUGGCAGACAGCGAAGAAAAUUGUACCGCGAAAAUACAUCACUUCAUGCAGAAUGAGUUCUGGCCCUUCACGAAGAUUAUGCGGUAA